AUGGAGAUUAAGGUGAAUCAAGAAGCUAAGUUGAUGGAAAAAGAGAUAGUAUUGCAGGAAACUGAGGAUGUAGUGAAAGACAAACCGGUUUCAGAUUCAAACCUGAAGGUUACAAAGGAUGAAUCUACAGAAGAGAGGAAAGAUGAAAGUGAAAGUGACGAGAAGAAGGUAGCUGAGCAAGUGGAACUUAAAGAACCAACCCUUGUUCCAGUGGUUAAUACUGAAGCUGUUGAUGUGGAGAAAGCAGAAGAGAAGCAAAUAAUGGAGAGUGUUGUUGAAGAAGACAAUAAGGAUAAGGAGGAGAAAGAGGUGGUUGAUGUUUCAGAUGAAGUUGGAAGCAAACAGGUGGAACCAGUUGAUGUUCAACUUGUUAGAGAACCAAAGCCAGAGGAUUCUGAAACAACUGAGACUCCGCUUGAGAAAGCAAAGGAAGUGGCACCAGAAGUUGAAGUAGUAAAGGCAGAAGAAACACCUGAAUCAACAGAACAAGCUAGGGUUGAGACUGAAGACGACGUUUCAUCUCGUCCUUAUGUCAUUGAGAAGACCAUUACUGAAGAGAAGCGUGUAGUGGAAGAACCAUCAAAGGAUGAACAAGAGAAAGCAAGUGAAGCCAAAGAUGUCGUUACUAAACUAGCUACAGAAGAUGAGAACAUCACGAAAGACACUGCUACAGAAUCAAGAGAGAAGGAAACUGAAGGAAACAAACAAGAGGAAUCAAUUACAGAGAAAGUAUCAGAGGUUGUUGAAGUGAGCGAUGAGCUGAAACAAGAAGCAGAAGUCACAACCAAAGAAGUUGAUGUUAAGCAAAAACAUUCAAACAGCAUUAUGUCAAAGGUGAAGCAGUCUCUUGUUAAGGCAAAGAAAGCCAUCAUUGGAAAAUCUCCAAGCUCUAAGACUAUCACAACGGAAGAAGCCAAAGAAGAAACCAAAGUCAAGUGA